AUGUCCUCUGAACGUCGUGAGCGCAUACUGGACAGUCUCAGGUUUGAGCAAAUCUAUGCCCGCAAAUCGGGCAUUAAAGCUGCGCACGCCAAGACAUGCCGGUGGCUUUUGAGCAAUGCAAAAUACAAAGAAUGGCUUGACCCAGCUAGCCUCAUGCAACAUCGUGGGUUUCUGUGGAUCAACGGCAAACCAGGCGCUGGAAAAUCAACGCUGAUGAAGUUUGCUUAUCUUAAUUUGAAACGCCAAAUUCACUACAAGAACGCUGUCAUCGCGUCCUUUUUCUUCCACGCCCGAGGCCACAAUUUAGAGAAGUCAAUUAGUGGGAUGUAUAGAUCUUUGUUACUUCAGUUACUUGAAGGUUAUCCUGAGCUGCAGUCUGUUUUGGAUGACCCCGAAUACUUUUCGCAACAUGAGACAAGCUGUCCUUCGCUAAACAUUCUCAAGGAGCUCUUUUACAGUGCUGUUUUGUCUCUUGGUGGUCGUUCAUUUACUUGUUUCAUUGACGCCCUUGACGAAUGCGAUGAGCAGCAGGUUGUAGAGAUGGUUCAGUGCUUUGAAGAUCUAGCAGAACAAGCCACGGCCAAUGAAAUUUCGUUCCGAGUAUGUUUCUCAAGUCGACACUAUCCCCAUAUCAUCAUUCGGCAUGGUAUGCGUUUUAUAUUGGAGGAGCAGCCCGGUCAUGCAGAAGACUUAUCAGCUUACGCCGCAUCACGUCUUGUUGUUCGAGAUCCCGCUCUCACGAAAGAACUUCAAUGUAUCAUUCUGGAUAAAGCUGCGGGUGUCUUUAUGUGGGUGGUCCUUGUUGUUCAAAUUCUCAACGAGGAGGAACGACACGGUGGGAUGUUCUUGAGGAAAAGACUCGCUGAGAUACCGAGUAGUCUAAGUGAACUUUUCAAGGAUAUCCUUGGUCGUAACAGUGGGAACACCGAGGCUCUCUUGCUUUGUCUCAUUUGGAUUCUUUAUGCCGAGCGACCUUUGGAACCAAAUGAAUUCUACCACGCUAUUUGGUCAGGACUAUCACUGAAAGGUCUAGUUGACGACCAAAUUCCAGAUGUUACCCCUGACACCACCGACAAUCUGGAUAAUUUCAGGAGGUAUGUUAUCAGCGCCUCGAAAGGACUGGCUGAAACCACCAACACAAAAAAACCAACAGUCCAAUUCAUCCAUGAAUCUGUCCGAGAUUUCUUGGUAAAAGACAAGGGCUUGCAUGAACUCUGGCCAGAAAUCGGAUAUGACUGUGCAAGUCCAAGUCAUGAGACGCUGAAGCAAUGUUGCAGCGUUUAUCUGAACCAUGUCUCAGUGCGUCAACGUUUGUGUGAGCUUCCGUUGGAGUACGACUCGACUGUACAAUUGGAAAUGUCUGAGCAACAUCCGCUCAUGAAAUAUGCCACUCAAUUUAUACUCUAUCAUGCCAACUUGGCCGCGAAAGUUUAUCCUCAAGACGACUUCUUAUCUGGGUUUCCUAUGUCUGACUGGAUCCACCUAAACAAUAUGUAUCAGCAAUUCAAAAUCCGAAGAUACAGCCCAUCCGCAACUCAAUUUUACAUUUUUGCCGAGCGAGGAUUGUCCAGGCUAAUUCGUACCAUACCCCGCGGUGACCCACAAUCAUUCAUGAAGCCGGAGAAAUACAAGUACCCCUUUUUUGCUGCUUUGGCCAGCGGUAGUAACGACACCGUUGCUGCCGUUUUGGGGUUGCCUUCUGCUGUUCACAAAGGAAUUGAUAUACUGCAGGGUAUCGAUUUGAAGAACGACUUCAAACAUGAUGGUCGGACUCCUUUAUCUUGGGCGGCUCGGAAUGGCCACAAAAAUAUCUUUGAGUUGCUGCUGAGGGAGGAAGAUGUGGAUCAGAGAGAAAAGACUGGGCAGACACCUCUCAUGCGGGCUUCAGAGGGUGGCCAUGAAGCACUUGCAAGAAUUCUUAUCGAAAAGGGAGCAGAUAUCCAUGCAAGCGAUCAAUUUGGGCUAACAGCGCUACACUGGGCCGCCCGGAAAGGCAAUGAGGAAGUGGCAAGGAUCCUUAUUCAAAAGGGGGCAAAACUCCAAGCAAGAGAUCAAGAUGGGCUAACACCGCUAUAUUGGACUCUGAGGAAAGGUCGUGAACCAGUGGCAAGCCUUCUUAUCGAGGAAGGAGCCGACGUCCACUUUCGUAAUGAAGAUGGGAAGACGCCGCUACAUUGGGCCUCGAAAUACGGCCGUGAAACUGUGGCAAGAAUUCUAAUUGAGAAAGGGGCGGACAUUCAGGCAAUUGAUCAAGAUGGACGGACAUCGCUACACUGGGCUGCGCAGAGUGACUGUGGGGCACUGGUCAAGCUUCUUUCCCAGAAUGGAGCAGACAUACACUCUGCUGACAACGACGGACAGACACCGCUACACUUAGCCUCGCAACAUGGCUGUGAGGCAGCAGUCAAAGUCCUUGUAUGGAAGGAAGCAGACGCAGACACUUCUGAUGAAAACGGAAAGACGCCGCUACACUUGGCCUCGGCAAAUAGCCAUGCGGCAGUCGCUGCGCUUCUCAUCCUCUCUGGAGCAAAUAUCAACGCCGUCGAUCAAGAGGGGAAGACGUCACUACACCUAGCCUUGGAGAGUUGUUGUCAGAGAGUGGCCAUGAUUCUUAUCAGCAGGGGUGCAAACGUCCUGAUUGGUGAUAAAGAAGGGCAGACACCACUACAUUGCGUCUCGAACCGCUCCUGGACCUCUAUGGAUGGCCAUGAGGCAGUGGUCAAGCUUCUCAUUGAAAAAGCAGCAGACAUUGACCCUAGGGGGUAA